CUGUCAAGCUAUCCAGCAAUUUAUCUGUCAAGAUAGGCCUGAAAGGGACCAUGAAGACUCAAACAAUUCUUCUGAUUGCAUUUGGUCUGGUUGCAGCUCUGCUUACUGUUGACAGCAGUACAUUACCUCCUGCUAUAAAAGGGUGUACCACUCAUGGUUGCCCACCUGGUAAAGUAUGCAAGAAUAACCAAUGUGAACCAAGUUUCCUGACUACAACUCAUCCAACCACUCGGACUACAUCUCGACUGACAACUCGUUCUACAACUCACCCUACAACUCAUUUAGCAACUACAAAAACUACAGCACAUAAUGAAAUUACAAAAAGCAUUCAACCUACUGUUGCCCACAAUGUAGUUGGUCAAGCAAUAACAAGAAACAAUGAGACUGGUGCACCCCAUACUGAAAUCAAACCUACGGCUUCAAAAAGCACUCAAGCUAGCACUCUCCACACUGAACUCAAACCUACAAGCAAAUCUGCUGGUCACUGAAAACCUUUGGAUUAUCUCCAUCUCCAAGAAUGAGCAAGAAUUCUAUGCAUCAGGAAUCUUUAAUUUUGUAAGGAACAAGUAAUUCUUCCACAAAUGUAGCUAAAGAAUUGUGAUGACUGAAAAUGUUGCUAGCUCGUGUUAAAAAUAUAAUCUAAAAACAACAAUAAAACUAAAGAAUGAAAGAAA